AUGGAGGACCAGGGUAUAGCAGAUAUCCACACUGCAUCCUGUGGAGGAUCACACAAUAGAGCACAUGGAUAUGCUCUGAAGGCAGCUGCAGCCUGUGGAGAGCCCAAGCUGGAGCAGGCUCCUUGCAGGAACUGUGGCCCGUGGAGAGGAGCCCAUGAAGAAGCAGGAUUGCUGGCAGGAACUGUGGCGUGUGGGGGACCCACGCUGGAGCAGUCUGUUCCUGAAGGACUGUACUCUGCGGAAAGGAUCCACGCAGGAGUGGUUCUUGAAGAACUGCAGCCCCUGAGUUCACUGUUUUUAAUUGAAAGCUCACACUCCUCCAGUCUCCUGGGUUAUGCCAAAAGCAAGAGAGCUGAUAAUGCUCCUGCAUGGCAGAUACACACAAUAGCUGCAACUAUGAUUCUGUCGCAGUGUAAAGGAUGUGGUGCUGCAGCUGAAGCAGAUGGGAAUGCUUAUGGCUACAUGGGAACAUUUAAAAUACUCUCUGGGACAUCAUUUACUCCUGCUUUGCAAAACAGAUCAUCAGCUGAUUUCAAAGUCCUUGCCUUUGACAUUGAACAAGUGAUACAAAAUGUCUUUCAAGCAAGUGAUCUGAAAAACCAAUUUGAGAGAUGUGAAAUUUCCCAGUUCAAGAAAUCUGAAGACGGCCGUGAAAGAUUCAAGAAGUCAGACGUUGGUGUUGUUGUUAUCUUCAACCUUUAUUUUACCCAGAUGGUAACAGUUGAGAAAGUAAAAAAUGAGCUGGUUUUGAGUAUCAACGCAAAUAAAACUAAUCUUACCCAGACUUUGAAAAUUGAUGUGAACAGCAUACAAGUCACAGUUUGUGAUGAUGGUAUAACCUGCAUUAGAAAAGAUUUAUUUUGUGAUGGAGUGUUGGACUGCCCGGAUGGUUCAGAUGAAUCUGAAAAAAGAUGUGCUGCAGUUUGUGACGGAAAAUUUAUGUUGACUGAUUCCUCUGGGUUUUUUCACUCUAUGAAUUAUCCAAAACCGUAUAAUGCAAAUAUUGUUUGCCAAUGGAUUAUACUAGUGCCUCAAGGGUUAUCCAUUAAACUGAACUUCACUUCUUUUGAUACACAACAAUAUGCAGACAAUUUAAAUAUUUUUGAAGGUAUAGGACAAAACAAGAUUUUAAGAGCUUCUCUGUCAGGGGCUAAUCCUGAGACAAUUUACAUUUUUUCUCAUGAGGCUACAGCACAGUUUAUAUCCGAUUAUUCUGAAAAUUACAACGGCUUUAAUGCAACGUACACUACAUUUAAUGCAAAUGAACUAAACAAUUAUGAGAAAAUCAAUUGCACUUUUGAAGAUGGCUUUUGUUACUGGAUACAAGAUUUAGAUGAUGAUUCAGACUGGGAGAGAGUUCAGGGCCCUACCUUUCCCUUUAUGAGUGGUCCUGAUUUUGAUCAUACAUUUGGCAACAUGUCGGGCUUUUAUAUUUCAACACCCAUAGGACUUGGAUUUGGAGAAGAGAGAGUCCGCAUUCUGAGUUUGCCUUUGGUCUCUUCAGAUUCAUCUUGUCUAAGCUUUUGGUAUUUCAUGUACAGUACUAAUGUUUACUGUUUAAGAGUUAGCAUAAGUAAUGAGCAUGGUUUGGAAAAGAUCAUUUUCCAGAAAGAAGGAAACUAUGGAAACAACUGGAAUUACGGACAAGUAACUUUAAACGAAACAUCUGAUUUUAAGGUUAUUUUUGACGCCUUUAAAAAGCGUGGUCCCAGUGAUAUUGCCUUGGAUGACAUUGGCCUGACAAAGGGAAAGUGUAAUGAAAGUAUUUACGUAGAGCCAACUGUGAUUCCAACUGUUACUACUGUCCCUUCAGUUCCUACUGACUGUGGAGGGCCAGCUGAACUCUGGGAGCCAAACAGUACAUUCAGCUCUGAAAACUUUCCAAACAAUUACCCUAAUCGAGCUUUUUGUGUGUGGUACUUACAUGCUGAAAAGGGGAAAAACAUUCAACUUCAUUUUCAGGUUUUUGAUCUGGAAAAUAUUCAUGAUGUAGUUGAAGUCAGAGAUGGCAGAGGACCAAAUUCCUUACUAAUAGCUGUCUAUACAGGACAAGACCCAUUGCCAGAUGUCUUCUCUACAACAAACCAGAUGACAGUAAUCCUCCUUACGGACAAAUCUGCAACAAAGAAGGGAUUUCUUGCAAACUUUACUACUGGCUACCAUCUAGGUAAGCAUGUGAACCCUCGGGCUUGUGCAAUCGACGAGCAUCAGUGUGGUAGUGGGGAUUGUAUACCAUCGCAUAACCUUUGUGACAACCUACCUCAGUGUGAAGAUGGCUCUGAUGAAGCAAAGUGCAUGAGAUUGCUUAAUGGUUCUUUAAGCACCGAAGGUCUGGUACAGGCCAGAAUUGGGAAGACGUGGCACCUGGCAUGUGCAGAUGAUUGGAAUGAACAGAUUUCAGACAGUAUUUGCCAGCGGCUGGGGUUAGGUGAUGCAAAUAUGUCAUCAACUGUAUUAUUCACUGAGGAUGGCCCGUUUGUCAACAUCACCGAAGCAGCUAACCACAGCCUAAUAUUUACAAAAAGAGAACACUGUUUGAACAACCUGGUGGUUCAUCUGCAAUGUAACAUUAAAUCUUGUGGAAAACACCUGGUGACUCAGAACAAUGGAACAAGGAUUGUAGGUGGAAGUGAUGCCAGAAGAGAGGCUUGGCCUUGGAUAGUUUCACUCCAUUUUAAUUCCAGACCUGUUUGUGGAGCUUCCCUUGUCAGUGAUGAAUGGCUGGUGACAGCAGCACACUGUGUAUAUGGGAGGCAACUAAAACCAUCUCGAUGGAAAGCAGUUCUUGGCUUGUAUGACCAAUCAGAUAUGACACAGCCUUCAACAGUAGUUCGAAACAUCGAUCAAAUAGUUAUAAAUCCUCAUUACAUGAAGCGUACAAAAGAUAGUGAUAUUGCUCUCAUGCACCUUCAAUACAAAGUGCAAUACACAGAUUGCAUGCAACCUAUCUGCUUACCGGAAAAAAAUCAACAGUUUUUACCAGGAAUUAACUGCUCCAUUGCUGGCUGGGGUAGUAUUAUGAACGAAGGUCCCACUUCAGAUAUAUUGCAAGAAGCAGAGGUCCCUCUCAUUUCAAAUGAAAAAUGCCAACAACAGAUGCCAGAAUAUAGUAUUACUGAGAAUAUGAUCUGUGCGGGAUAUGACAUAGGAGGAGUAGAUUCCUGUCAGGGAGAUUCAGGUGGCCCUCUGACAUUUGAGGAUGGUAACAAGUGGUUUUUGGUUGGCGUAACAUCAUUCGGCUAUGAGUGUGCACUUCCCAAACGACCAGGAGUGUAUGUUCGAGUCACCAUGUUUGUGGACUGGAUCAGAAACAUCAUCUAUUAG